UUCCUGGUUUUAAGCCGGGAGCACGGCCGGGGCAGCAGCCACAGCCCGGAGAAGCCUGGGCCUCGAGGGAUGGGGCCCGGCAGCGCGGCCGGAGCGCCAAAGGGCGGCCAAAGGUCGCUUCUUUUCCUCCUUUUCCUCCGCCAGCUGCUGCUCCAGAUGCUGCAGCUGCCGGGCUCCUGCGCCCGGGCCACAGGGCAGCCCCACAUUGUCUUCGUGCUCGCAGACGACCUGGGCUGGAACGACGUGGGCUACCACGGCUCUAGCAUCUUUACCCCGCACCUGGACGCGCUGGCGGCCGGCGGAGUGAGGCUGGAAAACUACUAUACUCAGCCCCUGUGCACGCCGUCCCGGAGCCAGCUCCUGACCGGCCGCUACCAGAUCCAUACAGGUUUACAACAUCAAAUAAUCUGGCCCUGUCAACCUAGCUGCAUACCCCUCGAUGAAAAGCUGCUGCCUGAACUUCUCCAGGAGGCUGGAUAUGCCACCCAUAUGGUUGGAAAGUGGCACCUGGGCAUGUUCCGAAAAGAAUGUCUUCCAACACGCAGAGGAUUUGAUACGUUCUUUGGGUAUCUCCUAGGUAGUGAAGAUUACUACUCCCAUAAACGCUGUGUCCACAUUGAUGCCCUGAAUGUCACCCGAUGUGCUCUUGAUUUUAGAGAUGGAGAAGAUGUCGCAGAAGGAUAUGAAAAUAUAUAUUCAACAAAUACAUUUACGCAGAGGGCUAUAGAUCUUAUUACUACACAUCCAGCUCAGAAGCCUCUAUUUCUCUACCUCGCCCUACAGUCUGUCCAUGAGCCCCUUCAGGUCCCUGAGGAAUAUCUACAGCUAUACGACUUUAUCCAAGACGAGAAGAGGCGCCAUUAUGCAGGAAUGGUGACCCUUAUGGAUGAGGCUGUGGGAAAUGUCACAAGAGCCCUAAACAAGUAUGGGCUUUGGAAUAACACAGUGUUCAUCUUCUCCACAGACAAUGGUGGACAGACUUUGGCUGGGGGCAACAACUGGCCACUCAGAGGAAGAAAAUGGUCACUGUGGGAAGGUGGAAUUCGAGGAGUAGGCUUCGUAGCCAGCCCCUUACUGAGACAGAAAGGAGCGCAAAGCUGGGAACUCAUCCACAUUUCUGACUGGCUGCCUACUCUAGUCAACCUUGCUGGCGGACAUACAAAUAGCACGAAACCACUAGAUGGCUUUGAUGUGUGGAAGACUAUCAGUGAAGGAAGCCCUUCCCCCCGGAUGGAGCUGCUGCAUAACAUUGACCCAGACUUUGUAGACAUAUCGCCAUGUCCAGGAAACACUAGGCCUCCCUCCAAGGGUGAUUCCUUUCCUACAACACAUUCCACCUUCAAUGUUUCUAUCCAUGCAGCAAUUCGAUAUGGAAACUGGAAACUGUUGACUGGCUACCCAGGCUGCGGUCACUGGUUUCCACCACCAUCUUUAUCCGAAAUCGAAAAGCAACCAUCACCUGACCCACCAACCAAAAACAUCUGGCUUUUUGAUAUACAACAAGACCCUGAAGAAAGAUAUGACCUCUCCAGUAAACAUCCCAGUAUUGUUAAGAAGCUUCUGGCCCGGCUCCAAUUUUACCACAAGAGCUCUGUACCUGUGUUCUAUCCCGACCAGGAUCCCCGCUGCGAUCCCAAAGCAACUGGAGUUUGGGGACCAUGGAUGUAGGAUGCUAAUGGGCCCUCAGAGAAGAAGACCGCCGCUCAACAUCCAAAGUCACGUGACUCACCCCCUUUGUCCUGCCCCAAUCAAGGGAGCUUCAUUGACCCUUCUCAGUCCUCGUAGUGGGCCCCCUGGUUUCAACCUCAAGUGCCCCUAAGAAGCAGAUAUCUUUGGGCAUGUAGGUCAUUUUCACCAAGUUUUUGAUUCUGAGUUUAGGCUUGGGAACAUAAACUCUUGUUGUUCUUUGACUGGGGGAGGUUUAAAAAUCAGGGGUAACUUGUUUCAUCCCUUCUUUCCUGAGAAACUUAACUUCAGAUAAGGAGCUCUAAUUGAGUGCCUCAGUCAGGGAGCGGCCUGCUGAGUUCACCUAGCAAGUCAGAUGCUAGAUUUCGCUUUUGCCAAAAGCCAGGUUUUAUUGGAGAGUGACUCACGUUUCAUGCAAUAAAUGGAGAGAGCAGACAGUUGUUCACAGUUCACAUUGGCAGAAGUUUUCUGUCUCUCUCUUUCUCUCUCUCCCUUCCCCUCCCCUCAUUUUUCUUUCUACCCUAAUUCUCCACACUCUCUUCCUCUUUUUCCCUUUCUUCCCCUCCCUCCUCUUUCCUCUUUCUCUCCUACUCUUUUUCUUGUGUCCAGCAGUUUCUACGAAAAUGCUCCUCUUUAUCCACCUCCCCUCCCCCACCAGAGAGCUUAAGAGCUGUCUUUGACUGUUCAUUGUGAUAAUUCAGUGCGACGUUUCAACACAAGCUAGGAGUGGAUCAUGGCCCACUUUUUUAUUCUUUUUGGUCAGAUGGUUUUCCCAAGCCUUGCUCAUUUUUCGAAGAUUUCUUGCUAUCCCAUAUGGGUCCUUCUUCCUACAUAUACUUUUCUCAUCUGUAAAAUGAGAGGGUUUGACGGCACAGUUCCUAAAAUUUUAAAUCUAUAAUCCUGUGUCUGCCCAUCAACAGUGUGGUAGGAGUUCUGCUUUUGGAUAGACUGCCACUCUGGAGUUCUAAACAGCAGAGAGAUUUUUGAACAGCGCCAAUCACCGCAUCCCUUUUCCCCAGAUGAACCACAGUUCUGUGGCACAAACCACAGUAUUAUUGAAUUUUACUGAAGCUGCCACCUGUGCUCCCACACACUGGCCAAGCUUGGCUCCAGGUUGUUUCACCAAGCUCCUUUUUCGUCAGAGACAGAAGGGAUUUGUUUCCUGUUUGUUUUAAACAAUGAUGACAACUCCAACUAAGUCAUUGACUUGAUAAGCUUCCCCAAGUUGCAUCCACAUGGAUACAAAUUAGAUUAUAGCACUUGGGUUUCACAGUCUAGUGAUGGUGGUCAUUGCUAGCACUCAAGAAUUGGGAGCAGUGUGAGGGGUGCAGGGGAGCUGGGAGCUGGGAUCGUGGAGAUGGCUGAUCUGAAAAAGCACUGGUUAAUAUUGAUGGCUCGAGGCUUGGGUAAAGCAUCAUCUUUGUAACUAGAGUCUAGGAGUGAGAGAGGAAAGGAAGCAUCAUAGCAUAUAACAGUCCUUAAACAUUUAACUACUGUUCUGCUGGCCCGAGUUAACGUGGCUGACCUUUCAGGGCCCAGAAACAUCUGUGGAAAACAUUCUCACUUUUUGUCAGCAUUGCUUUGUCAUCUCACAUGGGAUGAUGUCAGGUCAACAGCCUAAACUCAGAAUCAGAAACUUGGUGAAAAUGACCUAUGUGCCCGAAGGAUACUUUUCCAGUAUCCAUAAAUUGUGACUUAACUAUCUAUGAAUUAUCUCACCACUCUGUGACAAGGUUAUCAUGCCCCUUCUAGAAGUUAAAAAAGAGGCAAGGAGGAAUAGGGGGAAGACCUCGAUGUCUUCAUGCUUGCCAAAUACAUGUUACAACCCCCUUUCCCUGUGUCACUGUCCUCAUGAAGGUAAGAGAUUUGUCCUGUGGAACAAGAAGGCAGCAAGCUUGCUGCGAGGAGCCCUGAGGAGGGCCCCAGCCUCUCUCCCACUCUGAGGCUGCCUCUAGCCCAGGCUUCUGAGCUGGUGUUAGGCCGGCCCAUUAUACUAUGGUGGCUGAGAAGUGGAUGAGACCUCUUUGUGGCAGUAUAACUCUGGGGAUUCUGGGUAUCUGAGUGUUUGUGUGUCCCAGGGGAAUGUCUGAUGUUUUGGGUUGUGCUGUAAGUGCCUUUAGAUCUCCACAGAAUACACCAGAAGGCUGGGCAACAGUAACGCUGUGUUAUGAGGUCAGUAACAGGCCUUCUUGACAACACUUUCUGAGUUCUUCCCACUUCUCUCAGGUGUGCGUACCUGUGUCAGAGGCCUUGAAAUCCUGACACACCUUUGUCCGCCAAGAAAAAAAAAUGCCAGCUAUCAGAUUUUCCCCACUUUGUCCAUUUCUGCAGAAGAGAAUAGAAACUGAAAUCAUGAAAACAAUUUCAUGUAGAUCACUAGAUAGCUAUCUUUAUGUUCAAGGCACUGUUUUCUGGUCAUGCCAAUGCUUAUUUUGUCAAAAUUCCCUGGAAGGAAAAGGUUUUACAGCCCAUUACCAUCCUUCACCUCAGGUUGUGGAUUUCUCCGAUCCUAUUUUCUUUAUGGCCAUUUAGAGUUCCGACAUAUCAUACACAAAAAGUGGCCAUAAUAGAUAUUUAGGAGGAAAUGUAGUUUAUCUGGCACAUGCUAAGUUUGUGGAAAUAAAUUGGCAUAUGGUAUUUAGGUUAAGGCCAAGAAGGCCUGUUGGUGUUGCUAAUGACCUUCAAUCUCUUUUGGUGGAAGAUUACAAGUUUCCUUGGUAAAUAUGAGUAGAGACGUCUCCCCAAAGGAGCUUAUAUAAGAAAGAUUUCAUUUCUAAUCCCAUGGGACUCUGUCCUUUAUUAAUCAUAUGACCGUAGGUAAAUCACUUAAACUCAGUUUUUUCAUCUAUAAUUGAGAAAAAUGACCCAACUAGCCUACCUCAAAGGACUGUUGUAAAAAUCCAGUCAAUCAGCCAGUGUAUUUAUUAAGCACCUACUAUGUGCCAUGAACUGUUCUAGGCACUGGGAAUAAAAAUAAAAAAGAAUGAAACAGUUUCUAUUCUGAAGGAGCAUAUAUUCCAUUGGGGCGACUACAUACAUACACACACACAUGCAUAUGUGUACCAUAUAUGUAGAUACAGAAUAAAUGAGUUGAUAUGUGUGAAUGUGCUUUUAUAUGCUGUAUAAAAUGUUCUACAAAUGCAAAGCAUCAUGAUUUGGGCCUUAGAUCUUUAGCUAUGAUGAAUAUCUAGAUGAUCUGAAGAUGCACAUGAAUUGUGAGUGAAUAUGAAAGUAUUGAGUACAAAUAUUAAUGUUGUUUUCAUAUGAAAGUGUUCAUUUUUGAGGAAUAUGUGUUUUAUUUGGCAACUAUGUGGAUUUACCUGGUUUGAAAUUAAAAUAAAGUGAAUUAUCUUUUUAAAUGU